AUGCCUGUUGUUAACGUAAAGAAAGUAAAGUUGUUGGCUCGUCUUGGACUUGCACACUAUUCCGAUGCCGAUUUUGAGCAACUUUGUUUUGAUUUUGGUAUUGAAUUGGAUGAUGUUACCUCUGAAAGAUUGAUGAAGGAAAAGGAAUUGGGUUCUGCAAAGGAUACAAGCAAACUCUCCGAUGAAGUCAUCUACAAGAUUGAAAUCCCAGCCAACAGAUACGAUUUACUCUGUGAAGAAGGCUUGAGCAGAGCUUUGAACAUUUUCCUCGGUCGUCAAGAUGCUCCAACCUAUAAAAUUGAUAAUUCCAAAACCAAACAAUUGUUAAAGAUUAACGUGAAAAAGGAAACUGGAUCAAUCCGUAAAUUUGUUGUUGGUGCUGUCUUGAGAAAUAUCACCUUCACCGAAGAUGCCUACAAUAGUUUCAUUGAUUUACAAGAAAAGCUUCAUCAAAAUAUUUGUAGAAAGAGAACCCUCGUUGCUAUUGGUACUCACGAUUUGGAUGUUAUUGAAGGUCCUUUCACAUAUGAAGCUCUUCCACCAAAAGAAAUCAAAUUCAUUCCUUUGGAUAGAACUGAAUUAAUGGAUGCUGACGAACUUUUCGCUUUUAUUGAAAAAAAGNGGAAGUGA